AUGGCCGAAGUCAAGCUCAGGACGCCUGAAGAGGCCGUCGCGACGAUCGCGUACCUUUCUAGUGAUGUCGUCGUUUCCGUGCAGCCGUCGCUGGCCUCCGACUCGGAGUUCUCGCGGCAUUUGAAGCAGCUCGCAUCGCAAAAGAGGAAUAGCUUGGUCGCGAAGACUCGCGAUGCCGUGCCCGAAAUCCAGUCCGUCCGGCACAACAACGAUCCCCUUCUCUCCGUCUUAACCCCGAUCCGCUCGGGUCGUCUUGUCUCGGUAACCACCACAUCAACGAUCCUGCUACCAUCCGUUGCGCACCUGUAUAAGCUCGCAAACCUGCCGGUUGUCCUCCAUGUCGCGCUCGCGCCGAAGAGCUUCCCAGACUACUCAGCGAUCACAUCCAUUCGGAAUUCGGGAUGGACCUUCUUACAGUCGUGGUCGCUGCAGGAGGCCCAGGACAUUGCUCUGACGGCCCACGCUCUUGCUAUCCGCUCGGGCAAAGGCGUCAUCCAUUUCUUCGACCCCGACGCCAGUGCACACGACGAGCCCAUUGGCGUGGCGAGUCUCGAUGCCAUCCGCAGCCUAUUAAAUCUGGAUAAUGUGCGGAGGUUCCAGUCUGCACCCAUCUCCGGCUCGAGCAUCUAUGCGGAUGACGGACGAGUUGCCGUUGUCUCCGAGCAACCCGAGCCCCUGACUACUGCACCCGUCGCAGUUAAUGGCACCGCGGCGAGCCAGGUCGAGCCCGCAUCGCCAACCAUCACCACCCACUCAUCCUCCAAGUCUAGCCAACAAAGCGCCACCAGCUCCCCUCCUCUCCCGUCCGCCGCGACCACCGUCGAGCCCGCGCCGGCUAUCGUUUCAUCCGAAGACAUCCACAAAUACGUGACCACCAUCUGGUCCCAGCUCAGCGACCUCCUCGGGAGGCAGUACAACGUCUUCGAGUGGAGGGGCCCAGCCCAGGCGGAAAACUGCCUGUUCCUCUUCGGGUCGGAUGUGGCUUUAUUCUCCGACGCCAUCACCCAAGCGCAGGCGGAUGAAUCGUUCGCCAAUGCUGGACUGGUCGUGCCUAGGCUAUACCGGCCAUGGCUUGGGGCGAAGCUUCUCGAAGCUCUUCCGAGAUCCGUGAAGAAGGUUGCAGUUCUCGAGCAAGUAUCGAGGAAGACAACAAAAUGGGGCCCGAUCCUGAUCGAUGUGUUGACUUCGGUCAAGAACGGCCCGGGUGGUGUCCAGACGAUUGUUGGCCACUUGCUGGGACAUAUCACCAAGGACACGGUCCAGCAAGCCCUCCGCGGCAUCUUCCAGAACCUGACCUCUGACAAGCCGGUUCAGAACCUGGAGGUUGGCGAGCGGGAAGAAGCGCCUCAGCAGUCGUCCGAGUACGACCUUGAGAAGCCCAAGCUCGAAACCGCGUAUACUAAGAUUCUCGACCAGCUCUUUGGUAGCAGGGCAUUCAUUGCCAACUCCCUCGACUCGGAACACGCCGGCGUUUCCACUACCAUCUCCGCGACCCCGGAAUUCGGCUUCGGAUCCCUGCUUGCCAGGAAAGAGCGGAGACAGCGUUUUGUUGCAGAGGUCAAGCAGGCCGCUAGGUCGGGCCAGUUCCUGACGGAAGUCCCCAAGCGAGCACUGGCGAAGUGGGUGGCCAACGCCGAGGAUGUGAAGAAGUCCGAGGAGACCGCAGAAGAAGCCGUGUCGAAGCUCACGAUCGACAACUCGAGAGUGUCAAAGUCGUUGCUGGAAAACAAGCACUUCUUCCGCAAGCAGUCGCUGUGGCUUGUCGGCUCUGAUGCCUGGGCCUACGACCUUGGAAAUUCGGGCGUUCACCAUGUCCUGGCUUCGGGCGAGAACGUCAACCUGCUGAUCAUCGAUUCGACUCCUUACUCUGAGCGUGCUGCUGCUGACGCCAACCGGAGGAAGAAGGACAUUGGCCUCUACGCGAUGAACUUUGGGAACGCCUACGUUGCAUCGACGGCCGUCUACAGCUCCUAUACGCAGGUCAUCCAAGCCAUGGACGAGGCCGACAAGUUCAACGGGCCCUCCGUGGUGCUGGCAUACCUGCCCUACUUUGGCGAGCAUGACUCCCCUUUGACCGUGCUGCAGGAGACUAAGAAGGCCGUCGACGUUGGCUACUGGCCCCUGUACCGCUGGAACCCGGAGAACGAGGCCAAGGGCGAGCCAAACUUCUCUCUGGAUUCCGAGCGGAUCAAGAAGGAGCUGAAGGAGUUCCUGGACAGGGACAACCGCCUUACCCAGCUGAUGCGGAGCCAGCCGCAAUUUGGCGGUGUCCUUUCUGAGGAUUACGGGACAGAGAUCCGGGCGCAGCAGAAGAGGCAAGCGAAGGAUGCGUACAAUCAGCUGCUCGAGGGCCUGUUCGGUGCGCCGCUCACCAUCCUGUUCGCCUCGGACAACGGCAACGGUCAGUCCCUGGCCAAGCGGUUAGGAACCCGGGGCAGAGCCCGCGGCCUGAAGACGACAGUCAUGGCCAUGGAAGACUACCCGGUCGAGGACCUGCCAGGGGAAGAGAACAUCGUUUUCAUCACAUCAACAGCCGGACAGGGCGAGUUCCCGCAAAACGGCAAACCUUUCUGGGACGCCAUCAAAGACAACACCGAGCUGGACUUGGCGUCGGUGAAGUACUCCGUUUUUGGGUUGGGAGACAGCCACUACUGGCCGCGGAAGGAGGACAAGGUCUACUAUAACAAGCCCGGUAAGGACCUCGACAGGGUGCUGGCCAACUUUGGCGCAACCCGAUUGGCGGACAUCGGGCUGGGCGACGACCAGGACCCGGAUGGCUACCAGACGGGCUACCAGGAAUGGGAGCCCAAGCUGUGGGAAGCGUUGGGCGUGGCGAACGUCGAGGGGCUCCCCGAGGAGCCGCCCCCGAUCACCAACGAGGACAUCAAGCUGGCAUCGAACUAUCUGCGCGGCACCAUCGCCGAGGAGCUGAAGGACAGGUCGACGGGCGCCAUCUCGGCGGCGAACCAGCAGCUGACCAAGUUCCACGGCACCUACAUGCAGGACGACCGGGACGUGCGCGAUGAGCGCAAGGCGCAGGGGCUCGAACCGGCCUACUCGUUCAUGAUCCGGUGCCGGCUGCCGGGCGGCGUGUCGACGGCGAAGCAGUGGAUCCAGAUGGACGACAUCAGCAACGAGCUCGGCAACGAGACCAUGAAGCUGACCACGCGGCAGACCUUCCAGUUCCACGGCGUCGUCAAGGGCAAGCUGAAGCCGGCCAUGCAGGCCAUCAACCGCGCGCUCAUGACCACGAUCGCGGCGUGCGGCGACGUCAACCGCAACGUCAUGUGCAGCCCGCUGCCGUCGCAGUCGGGCUACCACCGCGAGGUGUGGGCCUGCUCCAAAAAGAUCAGCGACCACCUGCUGCCGUCGACGUCGGCCUACCACGAGAUCUGGCUGACCGACGACGACGACAAGAAGACGCAGGUGGCCGGUGACGCGGUGCAGGACUUCGAGCCGCUGUACGGCCCGACGUACCUGCCGCGCAAGUUCAAGAUCUCGAUCGCCAUCCCGCCGCACAACGACGUGGACGUGUACGCGCACGAUAUCGGGCUCAUCGCCAUCAAGGGCGCCGACGGCCACCUGGAGGGCUUCAACCUGCUGGCCGGCGGCGGUAUGGGCGCGACGCACAACAACAAGAAAACGUACCCGCAGGUCGGCCGCAUGCUUGGUUUCGUGGGUGCCGAUGACGUGCAUGUGGCGUGCGAGAAGGUCAUGCUCGUGCAGCGUGACCACGGCGACCGCAAGAACCGCAAGCACGCGCGGCUCAAGUACACCAUCGACGACAUGGGCGUCGACGUGUUCCGCGCGCAGGUCGAGGAGCGCUGGGGCAAGACGUUCGCGCCGGCGCGGCCGUUCCACUUCGACAGCAACAUCGACACCUUCGGCUGGGCGCGCGACGAGCACGGCAUGAACCACUUCACCUUCUUCAUCGAGAACGGGCGCAUCGAGGACACGGCCGACUUCCGCAUGAAAACGGGCCUGCGCGAGAUCGCCAAGGUGCACAAGGGCAAGUUCCGCCUGACGCCCAACCAGCACCUGAUCCUCAGCAACGUGGCCGACGAGGACCUGCCCGCCAUCAAGGCGCUCAUGGCCGAGUACAAGCUCGACAACCUGCACUUCUCGGCGCUGCGCCUCAGCUCGUCGGCCUGCGUGGCCUUCCCGACCUGCGGCCUCGCCAUGGCCGAGAGCGAGCGCUACCUGCCCGUGCUGAUCUCCAAACUGGAGGCCUGUCUCGAGGAGAACGGCCUGCGCCAGGACUCGAUCGUCAUGCGCAUGACGGGAUGCCCCAACGGCUGCGCCCGCCCCUGGCUGGCCGAGGUCGCCUUCGUCGGGAAGGCCUACGGCGCCUACAAUAUGUACCUCGGCGGCGGCUACCACGGCCAGCGCCUCAACAAGCUGUACCGCUCCAGCAUCAAGGAGGACGAGAUCCUCGCGAUCAUGAAGCCGCUGCUGAAACGCUAUGCCACGGAGCGCCACGAGGGCGAGCACUUUGGCGACUGGACCAUCCGCGCCGGCAUCAUCAAGGAGACCAAGGAGGGCCGGGACUUCCACGAGGGGGUUGCCGAAGAGGAGUCGGAUGAGGAGUGA